AUGACCAGCAGCGCUCCGGAGUGCGACGCCGAGGCGGCAAACGAGACACCGGAGACCGGAAAUGAGUCUGGAUGUCUUUUAACUCGCGGAGUAAUUUACACUCUUCAGCAGCUUUCAAGACCCCAAAAGACGGCUGGCGUGAUAGCAAUAUCAACAGGGAAUUUCGCUUCAAUUCUUUGCUAUUAUGGAUGGAAAUUUAGAAUUGCAGUAACGGUGGUGAUACUGGACUCAGCGGACGAUGAAGUACUCGAACUAUGUGAACAAUAUUCAAAUUCAGUUUCAUCAAUAAAUGUGAUUAAGAUUAAGAGUGACAGUCUGUUAGAAGCUCACAAAUUCGCCUUGGCCUACGCUAUUAAACAUGGUCUAGUGUAUCUUGAUAGUUACAAUCAUCCGAACAUGAUCAUUGGUCAAGCCACAGUGGGUUUAGAAAUCCUAGAACAAAUGUGUGAUUCCAUUGAUGCGGUGAUAUUGCCGACGACGUUCAAUGGUUGUUCAUUAACGGAAGGUAUGGCAGUAGCGAUCAAACGACGUGCUCCAGAGAUACAAGUUAUUAAAGUUAAACCUAAUGCUAUUGAUCGUAAUAUGGAAGGAGUUAAACAAGAGGCUUUGCGUAACGAAUUAAACAUUCCAGUAAGAGGACGUUAUUUUUGUUAUGACAAUCUGGAGAAAAGCUUUAUCGACAAAUGUAUUACGAUAGAUCAAGCAUGGAUUGAUAUAGCGACCGAAUAUCUAUUAGAUACUGAAAGUGUUUGUGAUCUUCACGCUUCAAUUGCUUUAGCACCGAUUCUAUCUGGUCAGCUCGACAAUUUAAAGGGAAAAAGUGUGAUAAUACCUUUAUUCGGCAGAACUGAUUCAAUGGAUUUCGUAAAGGCUGAUCGAUAUGCGAUGCUUAUAAAUGCUAUAAAUCGACGUUAUUUUACACUAUAACUUACUUAACUGCAUAUUUAGAUCAUUUGCAAAAUCAAGAACAAAAAUUCAAUUAACAUGAAAAUCGUUGUUUCAAUGAUGGCGUUCUUGUAAGGAUUAAAUGAGGAUAUAACUUUUCCAAUAACUUUAUCUUAUUUAUUGUAAAUACAUUUUUAUAAAACUUCAAGAAUUCUUGAAUUCUGUCGAUAAGAAAUACAUAUAAAUAA